AUGAGCUGUGGGCUUGCUCAGAAAGCGCGCUUCCCAUUAGCUACCUUCAACCGAACAGCUAUAAAUCGACCCAUCAGAGCCUCAAUCCAGCCAGGUAGGCGCAAGUACAGCAGCGUCAUGCCUCGAGAUUACAGCGAAGCCCUGGAGAAGCUGGCUCUCUUGCAGUCCAACCGCAUCGUCACCAGCCUCUUUGAAUCGCCGGAGAAGAAGUCUCCCCAGGACCUCAAUGCGCUCGCCAUCCCAGAGAUGCUGGAAUGGCUUCGCCGCGCAGGAUACACGCCCCAAGACCUCAGCCGCAUGCGGCACAUUCACGUUGCAGGCACAAAGGGCAAAGGCUCCGUGUGUGCGUAUGCGACGGCCAUGCUGGCGAAGUAUCGCACUGUGGGCACGUACACGAGUCCGCAUCUGGUGAAUGUGAGGGAGCGCAUCGCCAUCAAUGGCGUUCCUGUGGGGAAAGAAGCAUUUGCAGCAGCUUUCUUCGAAGUCUGGGAUCGAUUGACAGAGGCGGCUGUGAAGGAGGGCAUGUCGCCUGCGGAGGCGGAAGGCACGGCGUCGAAGCCCUUUUACUUUCGCUUCUUGACGAUUCUUGCGUGGCACAUCUUCUUGAAGCAAGGCAUUAAAGAUGUGGUUAUUGAGUGUGGGAUCGGAGGCGAAUAUGACUCGACGAAUGUACUCCCUGCUGAGGCUGUUUCGGCUGCGGUUAUUUCGCAAUUGGGAAUUGACCAUGUGGCGAUGCUGGGGGACACGGUGGAGAAGAUUUCGUGGCACAAGGCUGGGAUAUUGAAGCCUGGGGUAAAAGGAUUCACAUUAAAGCUGGACGAGCAGCUGGGUGUUAUGAAGGUGCUGAGAGAGAGGGCCGCAGAGAAGAAUGCAGAGCUGGUAGAAAUUGAAAAUGGGGAGAUUGAAAGAUGGGGCGGCGUGAGUGGUCUGUUGAAGGGGGAUUUUCAAAAGAAGAACCAGGCGCUUGCUGUCAUGGCUGUGAAAGAGCAUCUUGGCAUGAGAGAAGGUGAGCCGCUAGCGAAUAUCCCUGAGAAGAUGAUUGAAGGCCUACAGGAGGCGAAACUCAGGGGUAGAUGCGAGGUUGUCAACGACGGGACGGCGGAGUGGCUCUUGGACGGGGCGCAUACGAGAGACAGCUUGGAAGAGGUGGCAAAGUGGGCUAUUCAGCAACAACCUGCAAGUGCGGACGAAUCUUUGAUAUUGGUAUUCAACCAGCAAGAAAGGAACAUUUCGCAACUGCUGGCCGACUUUGUCGAAGCGACAAAGAGAGAGGCAGGGAGGGAAACCAUCUUCCACCAUGCAAUCUUCACGCGCAACGAGAUUCCAAGGCCCCCGGAUGGCGAGUUGAGGGAUAUCGAUGUGCAGAAGCAGGCGGCAGAGAAGAUGCGCAGCUUGGUACCUGCGUGCGAUGUGCAGAUAUUUGACAAUGCUGCGGAUACGGUGGCGGAGGCGAGGAGGCUUGCGCAAGGGCAGGAUGAUGAGUCGGGCAAGAAGAAGAAGAAGAUUCUGGUGACGGGGAGUUUGCAUCUCGUGGGGAGUGUACUGCAAGUUCUUGAACCGUAG